CAGAGCAUUGCUGCAGUGACCACAGAAGAAUGAUCGCGUUCCUGUUUUAGCUGAGAUCAACGAACGGUCAGCAGUAACUGUGAGGGAGACCUUAAGCACCUUUCAGGGUAGCCAAGGACACUGUACAACUAUGUUUAAUACAUACUAAACAGUGUAGUAGAAAUAGUAGUAGUAGUAAUAAUAAUAAUAAUAAUGGUAAUAAAAUUUAAAUCAAGGGGAAAAAAGGAAAAGUGAAUCACAUGGUUAGAUAUAACAGACUACAAGGUACAGUUCACACAUUCAUAUUCAUUUAUUUAAUAGGUGGUAAAGCACGGUGAUGGGGUUUUAGCUGUGUGUGAUGGAAAGGAAGAAUAUUGCACAGUUUGGGCCAGCCACUCUAAAAGCCGUAUUUUCCAUGGCGCAGAGCCGAGAAGAACAGACAGAAAGCAGAUGAAGUAUCUGAAGAUUGGAGUGUGUGCAGGUGAGCAUGGAAGAAGAGGGUUAGAUCUUUCCUCUCAGUGUUCAGGGUUUUAUUUUUUAUUUUUUUCAGGGGGGUCAGUCUUAAGAACUGCACUCCAACAUGGCUAUGUCUGGUCCUGUUUCAAUCCAGUGCUAUGGGCAGUGAGCUUCCUAAAAUAGCUCUGCUCCUCCUACUUUAGCUCAAUAACACACACAGUGCACUCCAGACUGAGCUGCACAAUGGAAAGAAACCUUCAAAACAAACAGGCCUAGUUUACAAGAGAGACCAGAGGAUCGACUGAGUAAGGCGGCCUGAGUUUAUUGUGCUAGCAACACUUAAACCUUAUUGGAGUCUGCCAAGUAAUGAGUCUUCCAGUGAUCACUUAACAUGCCACUUUUUGUUAAUUAUAUGGACUAAAAGCAAAAAAGUAAGUGAAAGUUCUGAUAAAUCUGCUCUGGACUGAGUCUAGAAGUAUGGAUGCUCUCUGGGAGACUCUUUCAGCACUACUACUCAGUCUAUUCUCAUGGAUAAAGUACAGUUUCGACUAUAUUCAAAGAUGUUUUGGGUUCAAGAGUGAUUUAACGUGGGUUAUGCAGAAUCUGAACAGAUUUACAAUGUGGAGUCGUUCUCCUGCUGAUAAUAUGAGGAGUAUGCCUGAUAGCAGCCAAAGAGACAGAUGGAAAAUGGACCAGGAAGCUAGGACAUAUCGUUACCAUGGAAAUGGACCCAUGUUUACCAUCCAGACCAGCACAUACAUUUUCUAUGUUGACGUGGAGAGGCUGGCGGACUGUAGCGAGUACUUCAGGGCUCUGUAUAACUCCUGCAUGAGAGAAAGUGCAGAGCGUCUAGUGAUCCUGUCCCACGUGCCCUCCAGAGUGUUCCACAACCUCCUGCAGUUCUGCUUCCUACAAAGAUUCUGCGUUCCUUAUAAUCUUCUAGAGGAGCAUUUGCGUGUCAGCACAUAUCUGUUGGUCCCUGAUUUCACUCGUUGCCUGCUGUCGUCUCUGUACGAAAUCCUCACUGAGCAAACGUUCCUGCAUUACCUGCAGCUGGCUGAGGAGCUGAGCAGUGUUGAGCUCCAUGAAACUGUGCUUAUGUACCUGAGCACAAACCUUCUAGAGCUUCCUCACUUGAGCAGGAGCCUGGACCUCCACCUACAGCAGAAGAUCCUUCAGAUCCGGUCAAAGGGCUCACCUCGGCUGUGUUGCCUGAGGAAAGAGAAUCUGAUUUCACGAAACAUUCGAGAAACAGAGUCUGCAAGGAGGCUUUUCAGGCUGGAUGAGGAUGAUGGGAAAUGGAGCGCUGUUAUAGAUUUGCCAUUUAGUGCAGAUAAGUGGUGCUUCACCACAGCAGUCCUGUUUAACUACCUCUACCUCAUUGGUGGGUUCCGGCAACACAUGAAGAGGAGAUAUGAGUUCAAGAUGGCCUCCUUCCGAUAUAAUCCUUUAACAAAUAAAUGGGUAUCGACGGCCCCUCUCAUCAAGCACAGGCGCCACUUCAGUGCAGCGGUGUGUGAGGGGCAUAUCUACGCUGUAGGGGGCUGGUAUCUGGACUCCCUGGUGACUCCUGACUCCAGCACAGGAGUGUAUACAGCAGUGGAGAGAUAUGACCCUUGGACAGAUUCUUGGGCUUUUGUCUCUUCACUCCCUCUGUCAGACUUUCAGUUUACCCUUUCCCUCUCCCAUGAUUCCCCCCUCACCACCAGCCUAGGAACAAGCCUCUAUGUGCUGGGGAACAUCCGGAGAACUGGAGAGAAACUAGUACUACGCUAUGAUACCACACAAGACUGCUGGACUGAGUUGCUUCCUACCCUCACACGCAUUGAUGCAGAUAUGCCCAGCCUCUGCUUCCUGGGAUCCACUGACAGGUUGAUUGUGAUUGGUGGAAACAAUGUUGAAACCGUGGUCACAUCAUUCUGUGUGGAGACCCGGAAGUGGGGUCAGAUCCGAAGCAUGGAGAAGACGGCUUUAAUCGGCCAAGGCACGGUCUUCAAUGAAGAAGUCUACAUGUCGGGAAAUCAGGACAUGAUCUGUCGGCUAAACAUUCACUCUCUGUCUCUGUCCACCCUUCCCUCACUUCCUGUCUGUACUUGCUAUGAGAGCUUUUUCCAUCUCUUUUUCUGAAUCAUUUACAGUGCCCUCCACUAAUAUUGGCACCCUUGGGAAAUAUGAGCAAAGAAGGCUGUGAAAACUUGUCUUUCUUGUUUAACCUUUUGAUCUUUUCUUCAAAAAUUCACAACAAUACUCUGCUCUCAUGGAUAUCAAACAAUUGCAAACACAACACAGGUUUAAACAAAAAAAUCUUUGUUAAAUAUAGAUGUGCAAAAAUUAUUGGCACCCCUAUGAAUUCAUAUGAGAAAAAUAUAUUUGAAGUAUAUUCACAUUAACAUUUUACAUUUUUAUAAGUACACUUGGGUGACUAGGAACCGGAAAUUGUUCAACAAUGACUUCCUGUUUCACAGGGGUAUAAAUAUGAGGUAACAUAUAGGCCAAAUUCCCUUAGUCAUUCAUAACAAUUAGUAAGACCAAGGAAUAUAGCUGUGAUGUGCGGCAAAAGGUUGUUGAACUUCACAAAAUGGAAAGUGGCUAUAAGAAAAUAGCACAAGCAUUGAAAAAUGCCCAUUUCUUCCAUCAGGGCAAUAAUUAAGAAGUUCCAAGUAACUGGAAAUGUUAUGAAUCGACCUGGAAUUGGACACAUGUCUAUGUUGUCUCAAUGCACUGUGAAGAGAAAGUUAGUUGCAUCUUGGGGUCAGAAAGUCUCCAAAACUACAAUCCGAAGUCACCUACAUCACCACAAGUUGUUUGGAAGGAUUUCAAGAAAAAAUCUUCUGCUCUCAUCCAAAAAUAAACUCAAGCAUCUUCAGUUUGUCAGACACUACUGGAACUUCAAAUGGGAUCGGGUUCUAUGGUCAGAUGAAACCAAAAUAGUGGUGUGGUGCCUCUUUAAUGUUUUGGGGCUGUUUUUCUGCCAGAGGACCUGGACAUGUUGUUAGGAUACAUGGCAUCAUGGACUCAAAUAUCAAAUAUGAACAGAUAUUAAAUGAAAACCUGACUGUCUCUGCCAGAAGGCUUAAAAUUGGCCAUGGCUGGAUCUUCCAGCAGGACAAUGAUCCAAAACAUCCAUCAAUAUCAACACAAAAAUGGUUUACUGACCACAAAAUCAAGGUCCUGCCAUGGCCAUCCCAGUCCCCUGAACUGAACCCCAUAGAAAACCUGUGGGGUGAACUGAAGAGGAGAGUCCACCAGCGUGGACCUCGAAAUUUGAAGGACAUGGAGAGAUUCUGUAUAGAGGAACGGUCUCAGAUCCCUCGCCAUGUAUUCUCCAACCUCAUCAGGCAUUAUAGGAGAAGACUCAGAGCUGAUAUCUUGGAAAAGGGAGGUAGCACAAGGUAUUGACUAAAAGGGGACCUGUUUUGGAUAAACCUGUGUUUUGUUUGCAAUUGUUUGAUAUCCAUGCGAGCAGAGUAUUUUUGUGAUUUUUUUUAAACAAAAGAUCAAAAGGUUCAACAUUAAAGACAAUUUUUUCAUAGCCUUCUUUGCUCAUAUUUACCAAGGGUGUCAAUAUUAAUGGAGGGCACUGUAUACCUUCCAGGGCCUGUGCAUUUGGUAGUUUGCUAAAUACCUUCUGGAUUUGUCUACCUGUUUAGGGAUGCUUUGAGAACACCUACUGGAAUCAAAUAUUACUUGUAGACUGUCCUAUGACCACGUGGUGGUUAAAUAAAAUCCUUUCACUUUCCAACCUCACAAUAUGUUUGCCAAGAGUGAUUGUUUUACCUAAUACACUGACAUUCCUUAUUAGCAUACAGCAGCUGAGAAUACACCACACAGCUAAGGAUACAUGGA